UCUGUGAUCUGUGGUUCUUGGUCUGGCCUGUCAACUGUCAACGCUGCAAGGAGCUUCUAACCUCUGAAGCGCCACAGUAAACAAACAAAAUGAAAAUUCGAAGAUACAAGAAAGUUAAUAAAAGCCUGGGCUUUUUUGCUAAUAAUUUCGGCUUCCGGCAGCCCUACCAACUGUUGGUAGACGGUACUUUUUGCCUGGCCGCCCUGAAUAACAAAAUCAAUGUGGCAAACGACGUACCAAAGUACCUGCAGAGCGAGGUCAAACUCAUUACGACCCCGUGUGCUAUUAUGGAGACCGAGAAUUUGGGGCCCAAGCUGAACGGGGCUUUGGCCAUACUGAAAAACUACGUGGUGCAUAAAUGUGGGCACGAGCGUCGCCCUGUUACGGGUUCAGCCUGCAUCGGGUCGAUGGUUUCCGGCGAGAAUUCCAGCCAUUAUAUUGUGUGCACUCAGGAUCGCGAUUUGCAGGAGAAAUUGCGGAAUUUGCCGGGCGUUCCUCUCUUAUACCUUCACACAAAAACGCCAGUUUUGGAACAGCCGUGUGAAGUAUCGCUGCAAAGGGCCCAAGAGAAAGCAAGCGUGAUCAAUUGCACUGAACUGGAAAAAGUGCACAAAAUGAAGAAGCAGGCCGGCCUUGCAGUGCAAGAGGAGGUGAAGCCGAAGAGGAGAAAAAAGAAGGGGCCCAAUCCGAUGUCCUGUAAAAAGAAGCAAAGGAAAGUCCAGAACAAUCCGAUACAGAAAAAGGAGAGCCGCCCGGACAUGGAGAAGCGGAAAAAAGUUCGCAUUCCCCAACAUGUCAGGCAGGAGAUGUUGAAGCGGACCGUGCAGAAAAUCUGCCAGGAAACUACCUGAGGAUUUGAACUAAGUUACUUAGUGGAUUGUUUUCGCACGUAUGUAUGUUCAUUCUUUUCUGUUUUACGCUGUAUAUUUUAAAGACAAGUUCUAA